AUGACUCGGCCAGUUUAUUCAGAAUAUACAGAUGAAGCUGAUGAGAUUAAUACAAUUGUGAAGGAACUCAAGGCGCUCGGCGGCAAGCACAAUCUUAUGCAAAUCUCAGCCACCCGAAAUGUCACCUACGGCAAGCUUUGGAGGGCCUUUCGUGGUAAUGCAACGAAGUCAACACGUAGGCCUGUUGGCCAGAGGUUGGAUGAAGCUCAAGCACUUGCCUUGAAGCAAUUUUUGGACCAUAUAGACAGUAUUGGGUUUGGAAUUCGUCGAGAGAUGCAUGGAAUCAUACCAGAUGACUACUGGAACUUCGAUGAGUGCGGCGUACGCCUUGGUGUAGCACGUAGCCAGCUAGUUUGGACCGGCGUAGGGAGGGAGAUCUACGUGCCUCAUUCAAAUAGUAGAGAGCUAGUAACACUAGUGGAAACAGUGCGUUCAAACGGUGAACAUAUAGCUCUAAUGAUGAUCAUUGCUGGCCAGCACUUAAUGGAGGAUUGGUUCGAAAACCUACCAGCUGCGUACCUAGUUGGCAGAUCUAUGGCCUACAGCAGCACCUUAUUCGAAUCAGAGCUUUUGAAAACACAGGCAGCACAAGCUGCGUACAACAGCCGUAGAUCAGGUGCUAGGAAGAAGCUACUUUCUGGAGGCCCAGUAUACGCUAAGGAGGCUCGACACAUGAAGAGACAGCGCCAAACAAAUGAUAAGGAUAAAGAAAUGCAGGCUCUAAUAUUGAAGCGUGAAGAACAGCAUCAAAAAGCGUAUACAAGAUAUAUAGAUGAGGUUCUUCCUGCAUUCACCAAAUUCUAUUGGGGCAACUACGUAGAGGUGUAUAGCUUUCAAGGCGAGCUUCCUCCUAAGUCACCAGCCAAUCAGAUGGUGAAUUGGAGGCCCCUGAUUAAGCCUGUAUAUAGAAAGGCCUAUAUUAGAUGGGUGAUGGGGCCGUGUACGAAGAUGGGGAGAAAACGGGUGGCCAAGAUGAUUGACUAUGCCAAGGCUACAAAACCUAGGCCACCAACACCAAAUGAGGAUGGAGAUGAAGGCAAUACUCAGGUUGAUCCUGCAUUAGACCGGAUGGAAUGGGGGCCCUAG